AACCUCACGCAGCAGGCGAGGGACAGAGCCGGGACCAGAACUCAGAUCUCCCGACUCCCAAUCCUGUGCUCACACCCUGUCCUCCACUCUCCGACCUCGCUUCCCCAGAUCCGUCUCUAGCCCCAGGGUUUAGAAGAGAAGGAGGCAGGGCAUUUUCCCGAGGUGGUAACAACUCUCAGAGUGGGCAGGAAAGUUAGGGGUUAUCUACCUUCCUCUCCCCUCCAGCCCCCAAAUCCAUCUCUGCCUGGGAUGAGGUGAUCGAGGUCAGCGAGGUCGGGAAAUCCACCUUCAGCGUUCGAGCCUCAGCGGCCUCGAGCCAAAGUCGGCCAUGGCCCAGCCAGGGGAGGAGGCCGAUAUAGUGAAAAGACUCUUCAGGCUGGUUCAGGAAGGACAUUUGAACCUCCUGCGAGAGGAGCUGCAGACAGUCCAAGAUACUCCAGACCAAGGGAUGGGGACGUGGUGCCACGGGAGGACAGGGGACACUCUCCUGCACUACGCUGCCCGGCACGGGCACCGAGAUAUUCUGGCUUACCUGGUGGAAGUCUGGCAGAUGGACAUCGAGGCUCCGAACCGGGACUACAAGCGACCCCUGCACGAGGCGGCGUCCAUGGGCCACCGAAGCUGCGUGCUGUUCCUGCUGGAGAGAGGGGCGGCUGUCGACUCUCUGAAGAAGGCAGACUGGACUCCGCUGAUGAUGGCCUGCACAAGGAAAGACCUGGAGGUGAUCAGAGAGCUGGUGGAGCACGGGGCCAACCCUCUGCUGAAGAACAAAGAUGGUUGGAACAGUUUCCACAUCGCCAGCCGGGAGGGGGAUCCCCGGAUCCUAGAGUACUUGCUCACUAUCUCUCCAAGCGUCUGGCAGACAGAAAGCAAAAUCCAAAGGACGCCUCUGCACACCGCAGCAAUGCACGGCUGUUUAGAGGCAGUAGAGGUGCUUCUCAAGAGGUGCCGAUAUGAACCCGACUCCAAGGAUAAGUGUGGCGUUACUCCCUUUAUGGAUGCAAUCCAGGGAGGCCACGUGACCACAGCCCAGAUACUUCUGGAAAAGCACAAGGCUUGCUGUACAGCCAAGGACCUCCUGGGCGCUCAGCCUCUGCAUCGCGCCGCGGUCACCGGGCAGGACGCCGCCAUUCGCUUCCUGGUCUCCGACCUCGGCAUCGGAAUCGACGAGAGGGCAACAUCCACACAACACACGGCGCUGCACUACGCAGCUAAGGAGGGCCAAGCGAGCACAGUCCAGACUCUCUUAUCCCUGGGGGCUGAACUCCGGUCUAAAGAUGGAAAAAAUCGAUCAGCCCUUCACCUAGCCUGUGCGGGUCAGCACAUGGCCUGCGUGGAGACUCUGCUCCGGGCCGGACUGCAGGAUGCUCCAGACAGCACCGGGACGUGGGCCUGGCAGCUCGCAAAGAAACCUGAAGUCCUCCAGCUCUUCAAGGAAACGAGUGACAUGAUGUAAAGACCACCAACAUGGGGGCAGCUUCCAGCCUCCUCCCUAUUUUUCUGUUGUUUCCAGACCCAAGGUGGAUAUAAGCAAACAGCUAGUCAAUCGAUGGUAUUUAGUGAAUACUUAGUGGGUGCAGUGCACUCUACUAGGCACUUAGGAGAAUAAGGUACAACAGUCAAUAGACCCGUAGGCUGCCCACAAGGAGCUUACAGUCAUCAGAAUAACUUUAAAUCCUUAUCUAAAUUAACUGUGCCUCACUUUAGUCACUGGGAAGCACUGGAGGAAAGAAACUUUGGCCCUACUCCAGUAUUCCUGAAAGAGGAAUUCUGAGAAAUUCCCCUUCCGACUGGGCCAGAAGUUUCUUCUUAGUAGUAGCAGAGGUAAUAGUAUAUAUUAAGCAGUUACUAGGUGUCAAGCACUGGUAAAAAGUAGAUGAAUUAAAAUUAGAUAAAGUCCCUGGCUCUUAAGAAUUAGGGGAGUUGGGGGGAAGGUUGGUGACAGACACACAAGGAAGCAGCAUGGCCUAGUGGAAAGAGCACGAGCCUGGA